CUAGCUAGUGGAUUGCUGAAGACAGACAACCUUCUUGGAAUAUUUACAGUUGAUAAAAGGGCUUCGAACCAAGGCAGCCUUGGCAAAUUGUAUCUUGGACUGGGCCAGCUAGCUAGCUACCAUUACUGUAUGCGGAUGCUAUCUAGAGAUCUAUCUAGUGAGAUUCGCUUGGCAACUGAUCGAUAAACUGCACACGAAGCGAAGAACGGAGUGCCAAAGAUGAGGAGACAACAAAGGAAAGGAGAGGGCAAGGGACCUGGCUUAGUUGGGUUCCUUUGGACCUCUCUACAGCUCUUGAUGGCUUAUAUUUUCCUGAGUGUCGUCAUCGGCAUCAAGAUCCGAGAUCCAGAUCCGAGCCUUCGAGGUUUGCAAUUUGCAGUCUUUCAGGCUCCUCAAGGCACAUCAAACGCCAUGAUGUCUUCCUGUCGGAACCUCGUUCUGAUACUAUUCGUAUCAACGCCAAUUGCCUCUGGGUUUUCUAGCCCAGGCGCCUCUUCGGUUUCGUUGCAGUCUCCUUCAGAGCUGAUCAGCAGAAGCGCUGGAUUUGGCUUGGCUGCAAGUGCCAAUGGUGACCAGGAUCCGAUCAAUCAAGACAGCACUACCCGACGAGAUUUUGCAACCCGGAUAACUUUUGCUGCUGCCCUUGCAACUAGUGUUUCUUUACCACAAUUUUCUUUGGCCGCCGAUGAUGCUACCGCAACAAACAAACCAUCCACUGGCCCUGUCACUGUCAUUGGCGCCAAUGGCCGAACGGGAUACGAAUGCGUCAAGGCGUUACAGGCACGAUCAGUCUCAGUAAGAGCUUGCACUCGAACAGGCGAAUACCGCGAUGGAGACAGUGUCAAGGGAGUUGUAUCCUUGGCUUGUGAUGUCACUGAUCCUUCCACUAUUGCUCCCGCCGUCAAGGGUGCUAGUGCUGUCAUCUUUGCUGCAUCCGCGUCGAAAGAAGGCGGAGCCCCUUCAUCAGUCGACAACGCUGGACUCGUCUCGGUAGCCAAGGCAUGCAUUGAUGCACAAGUCAAGCAGCUUGUUAUUGUUUCCUCUGGAGCAGUCUCCAAGCCUAGUUCCCCCACCUUUCAAUUCCUCAAUCUAUUUGGAAAGAUUAUGGAAGAAAAGAUCAAAGGCGAAGAUGCUGUCCGGGCACUUUAUGCAGUAGGAACACCUGCUGAACAAGCAGGGUUGUCCUAUACAGUUGUCCGUCCUGGUGGACUGACCGAAGAGCCGUCCUUGGGAUCCGUGGCACUUCUUGAGCUGAACCAAGGUGACACCAAAAGUGGCAGGAUCGCCCGAGCCGAUGUGGCCAACAUUUGUGUGGAAGCCUUGUACUACCCCGAACUGGCCGGACGAACAACGUUUGAAUGCUACAAUGCGGACACGGCGGCCCCAUUGGCAAGUGUUGGCAUUAGCAACAUUUUCAAACAAAAAACUGCAGAAGACAUCUUUGUCAGUGGUCGAGAGUGCCGAGGAGGUAAUUGGAAAGAACUAUUCAGCGGAUUGGAAAAGGAUUAAAGGCAGGACACGAAUAAGCAGGAAAGCUACUGCUGUUCCGCCGACACAGAUAGAUGGACACCCCCCAAGACACGUUCAAAUUGAAAACAAAGAAUUGCUUUUUAAAAAUGGUGACUUUCGAUUCUACCGGUUCUUGGAUUUGCUUCUUUAUCCCGUCGUUCCCAUAGUCUAUGCUGUUGAGACCUGUCCGGUUCCCGCGAUCUAAACCCCCAAACGGAGAAAAGUAGUAUGCAAUAGUUUUGAGGUUGUUUCGUCUUGUACUGAGCACAGAAAGUUCAACUCUCCC